GUUCAAAUGCGUAUGGAACAAGUAUGCUGAGGUCAAAUUGCCCACUCACCUCAGGCAUCAUCAACCCGGCAUAUUUCUUGGAAUUGGUUGCCCGAUUGACGGCUCGAAUAAGCGACUUUAGAGCCACACCUGCUCCUCCAUUCCCUCUAUUGGCUUUCCAUGAUGCCGGCACUAGGGCCGGCGACGGCGUCGUCCUCGCCCCGGUCGCAGCCCGCAUCACCAGUAUCCCCGGACUACGAAAUUGAGCCCGAUAUCGUCGGCGCAACACAACGGUACGGCAGUCGUCCUCAGACUCCUGAGCUGCAGGUGGACCAAGUGGACCAGGUGCCGCUUGCGUAUUCUCCCAUGUCAUCACCAACCCUACCUUCGCCUAUGAGUCUUUACCAUUUCGGUCUCGGAUCCUCACACCUCUCCCCUCUGCGGAGACAGCUAUCUUCCCACCUGGCCGUGAACUUCCCUCCGGCCUUCUCUAGGAAUGGCAAUAGUGAUGCGGGCGGUGAGCUGAGCGACGACGAGGAUUCGCUGGGGGAGAACCCGAGUUCCGAACUAGACAGCCUCACACAGGAUCGCAAGGAUGUCCUUCUAGACCGGCUGAAUGACUUGGUGCAGCGACUGUCUGGUGGCGGGGCCAUUCAGGAGGCCAGCAUUGACUCUCUACACGCCAAAGUUGGCGAUAUGGAAGACAUACUCACUAGCGACGGUCGAGCAUCCCGGCCUAGAAGACCCCGACGCCCACCGUUGCCAGGACGAGGAAGUUUCCUACUUGGUCCUUCCCAGCUAUCUGAGCAUCAGCAACAUGAUCUCUGGACACCGGCUACUCCUGAUUGGCUUGCCCCGCGCUUCCCUGAGAUGGUUGAGUCCGGCACGGCUGCGGAAGGCCCGAUCGCCGUUCCGUCAUCCGAUAACCGCGCCGGGGCUGGCGCCAAACCCUCGACCGAAGUUGCGGACCGUCUUGCUGUUGAAGCCCAAAGACUCUGCGCCGAUUUGACCUCGGCCCUCUCAAGCCUGCAGGCCCGGCGGGAGGAAUCAGAGCAUUUAUCAGAGAUGCUCAUUGAACGAGCAGAAGGCGCCGCCAAGCGAAUCCUGAAACUGGAAGAGGACAUGACCAAACUUACGGACGAGGUCGACGAUAACGAAUCCGAGCUCCGCCAUCUACAGCUGCGACUCAGGGCGCUGGAGGUCAUGUGCUACGAGUACGUGCCCGAGGGGGCGGACCCGGAGCUGCAGCAGAGCAUAGAGAACUGGAAGUCAGACUGGGCGACGCUGAGGAGGAAGAUGGCCGUCAGGAGGAGGGAGCGCAACCCGCACGCCGAAGUCGGCUCGGCGGUCACGACCCCGACCGCGUCGACUCUCUUGGAGAGCCCUCGGGUUUAUUGAAUUAUUGAUCCCCCCGUUUCAUUUUCUCUAGCGAUUGACUACCCUCUAUGAUACCCCAGAAGUUCUACCCUGUAGCGAUGGAUGAGACCAGGAAUGGUUCUCAGACCAUCGUCGGCAUUGAUUGGCGUCUAGUUUUUAAUGGGGUUUGGAAUGAGUUCAAGCGGAACGAAGUACAGGAAAAUAUGUAACUCAAAGUGGGAUGCAACCGCCAUCCAAUGGUUUUAUGCCCGCAGACCCUGCAGAAGCCCUCAUGUAGGUAAUAAUAGCUCCUGUCACCACUAUGACAUAAAGGAUAGAGGGG